AUGGAGGGCCCGGGAGCCGCGGAGGUCUACGACACCAAUCGCUUCUCCCAGCUGUAUCAGGCCUCGCGUCGCCCAUCUCCCGAGCAUCUCAGCCUUGCCGCUGACUUCCUCUUCUCCCUCUUCGACCGCCAUUCUAUUCGUUUUGCCUUUCUUGGCGGCUGGGCCGUGUACUUAAGAGGCGGCACUCGCAGGACCGAAGAUGUUGAUCUCAGCGUGGAUAUGUCCAUGGACGGCCUCACUGCCAUCUUGAUGCCGGAAGACAGCAACCUCGAGGAGGCCAUGGAGAUGAUUGCGCCCAACCUCAACGGGGACCCUUUGCUGCAGACGGGCCAGCUCAUCCCUGUCAUAGACAUCUACCACCAGUUUUCUACCAAGUUGCACGUCCACUAUGAGCGGCGCAAUAACGGCCAGACCGACGACUAUGAGGAUCUCGAGUUCCUCGCCGAAACCUACCCUAGAGAGAUCUGGGCCCUUCACCCCUACCUGAACCGCGAUCACCGCGAGGCCUUUUGGCAGGUCUUCGCCUUUCGGAACGCUGAUGAGUACGACCGAGUCGACCAAAUGGAGGUAAUCUUGGGGCUUACCUCUUGA